CCCAUCAGCAGGGGAUCACGAUCCUGGAGAAGGAGCUGGCCCAGCUGAAGCUGCCGGACAUCUCGGGUGACUUUCGCAUCCGGCACGUGGGCAAGGUGCACUAUGGGAUCUCCAGCAUGGACCUUCGCAGUUUCCACUUGCCGCACUCGCGGAUUUCCCUGGUCCCAAACGUGGGCCUGCAGGUCGCCAUCUCCAACGCCUUCGCCGAGGUGGACGGGAACUGGCGGGUGAAGAUACAAAAAAGUGCCUGCCGGGACCGCGGUUCAUUUGACCUGAAGGUAGAGAACAUCUAUAUCAAAAUCAACCUGAAGCUGGGCAGUGACACCUCUGGGAAACCCACCAUUGACACCUCUGACUGCAGCACCCGCAUCUCCAAAGUCCGGGUACACUUCUCUGGCAAGUUUGGAUGGCUUUAUAACCUCUUCCAUGAUGCUGUUGAGUCCAGAUUCCGGAAGAUCUUGGAGAACAAGGUCUGCACGAAUGUGGUCAGCUCUGUGCACAGCGAGCUCCAGCCGUACCUCCAGACCCUGCCAGUCACAGCCCGAAUAGAUGCCAUGGCUGGCAUCGAUUACUCCUUGGUGGCACCCCCAACUGCUACCGCCCAAGCCCUGGACGCGUACCUGAAGGGUGAAUUCUUCUCCCUGGCCCACCGCUCCGCCGUCCCCUUCCCUCCACUGCCGCUGGCCUUCCCCCCGGAUCACGACCGCAUGGUUUACUUCGCAGCCUCCAGCUACUUCUUCAACACAGCCGGCUUUGCCUACCACGCAGCCGGGGCGCUGGUCUUUGAAAUCACAGACUCCAUGAUCCCAAAGGACGUUGAAUUCCACUUGACAACCUCCACCUUCUCAGCCUUCGUUCCCCAGCUAGAGAAGAUGUACCCAGACAUGCCGAUGAAGCUCAGGCUGUCCACCCUCUCCGCCCCGUUCCUGAGCAUUGGACCAGGGGGGCUCUCGCUCAAGCCUGUCGUGGAUGUCCAGGCUUACGCUAUCCUUCCCAACUCCACCCUGGCUCCUCUCUUCCUCCUCACCCUGACAGGCAACGUGUCCGCCGUCAUCGACAUAAAAUCCAGCCACAUAGUUGGAAGCCUGAACGUGGGCAGGAUGAAGCUCUCUCUGAAGCAUUCGGAUGUUGGCACUUUCCAGGUGCGAACGCUGCAGUCCAUAAUGAACAUACUUGCUUCCAGUAUCCUGCUCCCGCGUCUUAAUGCCAGGUUAGAACAGGGCUUCCCUCUGCCGCUGCUGGACAGAAUUCAGCUCUCCAAUGUCCUCGUGCGGUUUCACCAG